UGCACAAAGGGGAGGUCUUUUUAGAAGUAGCCUGCAGGCGUAAAUGAGGGAAGCUGCUUUGGUUGUGCUUAAGCAGUUUUAUUUUUAAUUUUGUACUUCAUUUACAUAACGAAAGGAUUAUCAUAUCAUACAUUUGCAUUCCUUGGUGAGCGCAGCGAGGUUGAAGGGUGUCAGCACCAUGGACAAAAUUAAGGUGCGGAAGUACAGGGAUGAAGACGAGGAGCUGGUGAAGGAGAUCUUUGCGCUGGGGAUCAGUGAGCAAGUGCCCACCUCCUUCGUGCACAUGCUGAAACAGCCCCUUAUCCAGGUGGUGCUCAUGUGUGUCUUCUUUGGUCUGAUGGCUGUCUUCAAGUCCUUCCUCCUCCCUGUACUGGUGAUCAGCAUGCUCUUAGUAGGAAUGCGACAGCUGGUCAGCCAGUCCUUCACCAAAUACAUUGACUUCACACUGAAAGAAGACUUUAGUCGCAUCCAGGAGUCCUACAUGGAGGAGAGGGACUCAUGUUUCUGGGUGGCAGAGAGUGAGGGUCGAGUGGUGGCCUUAAUGGCUUACGUACCCUCCAAGAUUUAUCAGGAGUUCUUAGAGCUUAAGCACGUGUCAGUAUACAGAAGUCAUCGACGCCGAGGCAUCGCCAAAACCCUCUGCAGGGUAGCAGUGGACUUUGCUCGCACAAAGGGAUACCAGACAAUUGUCCUCUAUACCUCUGUGGUCCAGACUGAUGCACAGAAGCUGUACGAACACAUAGGCUUUAAGAAGAUCAGGCAGUUUCGACGCCCAACUCUGACAGCCAAGUUCACCAAUUUCUUCCUGUUUGAGUACCAAUUAAAGGUAUAAAUGAGUACAAGCAGUAAAUACUUAUCUUUUUGCUCCUGUUGAUCUCAGCUUAUAUCUGUAAUUUAGCUGAUUUUUCCCCCCUUUCUUCUACGUUAAAUAUCAAUGUCCAAAAGCAGUGCAAAAGACAACUAUUGAUGUUAGAAUGUUUGAUAAUACUUUACUUGAAAGGGCACAAGUAACUUAGUAACUCAGUUACUAGUCAAGUACACAAGCAAGUAUAACAACUACAUGUUAUGAUUAAUGAUCAACAGACAUGGGAUUAGUAGAUAACGAACAUUUCAUUUCAGGUUAUUUGUGCCCCCAUGAGUGUUACAGAUUGUUAUGUGACAUCUGAAUUGAACAGUAACGAUACUUAAUUAUGAGGGUGUUGCAUAUAUCCAAUGACUGCACAUUUUUAAACAGCAUUUCAGUUUGUUUCUGUUAGAUUGUAAUGUGGUGCAGUCAGCUAAACACCACGGUAAUUUGGUUUGCAUGUGUAUAACCUCAGCUUCCUGACUUGUAUGAUUGACAGCAUGUCCCUUAAUCCUCUGAUACCGUUAUUUUUUUAAUGAAUUAAAAAGCAAAAAUAGUUAAAA